UCUCCUUACACCCGCCUUUGAGGUGUCGGUGCUAGGUACGCUUACCUGCUCGGCACCAACAACAACAUAACGGAGGGAAGGCAGAAGAGACAGCGGAGUGCCGAUACAACAAGAAAGGCACAAUGCAUCGGUUUCUGUCCGUACCAGAGCUCACUCACCGCCUAGAGAGGGGACAAGAUGGCCGGAAGUUUUCGGAUCACGCUUAUCUAGGGACAGACCAGUCAAAGAUGUCCACAUCACAGGAAUGUGAGGUUGUUGACAAGACGUCACAUGACGAUAACGGGACCCUUCUAUUAGCUGAUAUAGAAAGGGUCGCGGAUGAAAUCAGCAUUGUUGAAAGAAGUAUCGACAAUAUCACUAGCAGAUCCCGACAGGCUGCCGGACUGUUCUGGCCGAUGCUGUCAUUGAACAUCCACCAGCUCAGCGAACAACUGUCCUCCGUACACAGCGCUCUGAACAGGCUCGGAAGAGACAAAGCAAUCGCUCGAACUCUCCGUCAACAGUUGAAGGACACAGAAGUGAAGCUAGAGGGGUUGGCAAAAAAUGGACAGGAGAUCGGAGAGACGGUAGACUCAUUAAGGCAAGUCUCGGUGCAUAGCAGGUGUGAAAAUCCCGAGCAGGAGGGGACCGUGGAGAUGCUGCAGAAGGACGCGGUAGAAGAAUGGCUGAAAAGGGCGGGACAGGGAUCCACCUCCUCCCAUCACCUCCAGGGGGCGGUGGAAAAUCACCUUCGCAAAGAAAACGAGCGAAGCAAAAUCCUACAAGAAGAGAUCACUGCGAUAAAAGAAAAUUAUGGAAAGAAUGUGUCUUUGAAAGUUGCCACCCCAACCGUGUCUGGCGAACUGGCCACCACGCGGGCAACGUUAACAGAGACGGAAAAUCGCCUUCAAUACGAGAGGGAUCAAAACAAGAGCCUGCAGGAAGAUAUAGCGUCUUUGAGAAAAGUUCAGAAAGAAAAGGAUGUGCAGAAUAAGGAGUUAGAAGAAGAAGUGGCUUUUCUCCAGAAGAUGCUACAAGAGGCGGAAGAAAGGUUUGAUGCCGAGAUAACAGAAAACACUUUUUCAAAUGAUUUACACACUGCGACCAACAUCCCAGGGCGGCGCCACAUGUAUACGUCACUGGAGACGUUGACUGAAGGCCAGGGAAGAAUGGACCACAGCCCUGCACGGAGAAGUCUUUCGUUUGAAGAUUCCCAGACAGAGACAGUGAAAAACACUUACAAAAUGCCAAAAGGCAAAGUAGGAAGCAAUGACAAGGGAGGACUUAGUGUCAGCCAACCAAAUCUAUUCACCAGUUACGGCAAAAUGGCAGUAUACGCAAAGAUGGGACAAUCAAGGUAUUCCACACCAGGCAGAGCCGAUGCUGUUGGGCAGGAAUGGCGCCAAAGUCCUCGCGUACAACAAAUCACUGCAGACCUGCAGUCUAAGCUUCACGCAGCUGAAGAAGAUCUGCAGCGAGAACGGGGCAGGUACAUCGACCAAACACGAGAAAUAAACGACUUAAGAAUAAAACUAGCCAAGGAAGCAGAAAGCAAGAAAAAAAUACAAGUGUCUUUUGCCAUGCUGCGAUCACGAAUGAAAGAAAUGCACGACAGAGUUAGCGUAGAAGAAGACAGACACAAACUGGAGAAACGGGCCUUACUACAGGAGAUUUCAAAGCUACGAAAACAAACCGGAACAGAUGAAGCGUACUUUAUUGAAGAAUCCGUACUAUCUUCACGCGAAAAUACGCGCUCGGACGAUAAUUUCUCUCAACAUUUCGUCAUGUCUCACGAGGUUUCUCGGUCCUCGGAUGAAUUGUCGCUAGAGGCAGGUUCCUGGGGAGGAGAUCAAGCGGACGAUGCUGUCGGGGAAGAUCUUGUAGCUGACCUGACAUCGCGCCUGCAAGCCAGGGAUGACGAACUUCGGACGGAAGCAAUGAAAGCGAGGGCACGUGGAAGGGAGAUCGUCCGACUGAGGAAUCAGGUUGUGAGAUUGACUGCAUUACAGGAGCAGGAAAGGACACACAGUUCUUCUAACUUGUAUCGCACCAGAUCCGAAACAAUCGUCUGAGGGUAUUUCAAAAUAACAUUGAAUAGGCAACGAGGAAUGUGUAUGUACAUGUAGUCAAUAAACUGUGAUCCUCAACUGGAUUUUUUGGUGGCAGAUAGCGUGUGAAGCUGUGGUAUAGGUUUGGGCUCCUAGCAGCUUAUGCAGCGUCCCUGCACUUCCACCAGGGACGCUUCUGAGGAGGAUAGCUGAAUAAAGGAACAAUGAAUUCUAAUGCAGACAGUUUAGGCGAAGAUGUACAUAAUGACAUGUAGAUUAUGCAAAUUAGGACUUGAUAUAAUCUAUGGAAGGUAAAACACUGACAGAUAUUAAUUAUUCAAAUGAGAGUCUAAUUUUCAUAAUAAUUCUAAAAGUCUCAUUCAUAAUUCUAUAGUGGUAAAUGAUGAGAAUUACUUACUUGUGAUAUGUGUAAGUGAGUCAAAAGUGUGCGCCAUUAUAGAGACUCUUAUGUAGAUUAUGUAAAUACAAAAUUCAUUUUGCAUAAUUUAGGAUCAAAUGUAAACAUGGAAUUCUGUCAAAUUAAAGGACUUCUAUAAAGGCAAAGUACUGGUAUGUAUUUUUUUUAUUGUGAUGACCAUCAUGAAUAGAAUCGAUAAUACUAAUUACAGCUUUGUUUACAUAACCAAUGAGACGAUGAAACAAUUACUCAAAAUAUUUCAUGGAGGUAUGAGGUCUCCGAACUCCUAAAAGUGUAUAUAUCUUCACUCGGCACAAGUGAAAACGAGUGCCUGUAGGAUGUAGAGCUGAAGAUCCUGUGUUUGGCCUCGAUUGAGCCGCAUCCAUCCCGAUGUGAACGAUUCAAACCUUAUAUGGUCCUGUCUGGCACAGCUUGCGUUACAGGGUUUAUCGGUGAUAUGACAAACAAAUAUAUUGAAUAAAGUGUUGCCUUUCUUCUUAUC